CGCAGUUUUGAAAACUACACUUCAAAACGUCAAAUGAAUGGCCACCGCCAAAUCAGUUGAAGACCACCAGCUUUAAACGCCAUUUCACCACGUGUAUCUCGUCACCGACACACCAGCAAUAAUCAAGAUUGCCAUCUCGUGUGGUUGUCUGGAGACUUACUCCAAUCUACAUUGUUGAAUGGAGACAAACUAUGGUAUGGAAUUGGAUGACCAGCUGUCAUUGGACUCCACCGAAUUCAGUAAACCUCCCCCGGGGUACGACACGCUGGCAAACGACAAUGUAGCGACGACGAAUCCGGCAGCCUCGUCAGAGCACAAUAAUUUGAAUCUUCUAGUUGCCAGUUCGUCGACGAUGUCGAAUGCGGAUGCGAGGGAGUACCUUGUAGAUUACAUUUGCAAACAGAGUUGUUACGGUAAUUCAGCUGCUCGGGACAUGAACAUGAAUAAUAUUACGUCUUCGCAUGGUUUGCAUUACACAGUGGAAACGUUUACUGAGUCCCGGUCCACGGAAAGAACUCACGAGCCUUUUCACGGUGAUGAAGUCGAUGGUCCAUCAAACGGGGCGCCCCCAACUACGUGGGAUAUCGAGGUGACGCCGGAGCAGGAGUUCGUGGACAAAACGAGAAUAUUAAAAGUUCCACACACAGACGAAAUAAAGACGUGUCACCAUUGCAAUGGAGUUGGUAUCUUAACAUGCGAUGAGUGCGAUGCACUGGGAACGAAACGUUGCUCAUGGUGCGUUGGUAACGGCGUAACAUUUACAAAAAAGGGCAAGUCCAAGAAGUGUAAGCAUUGCGUUGGAGCAGGCCGACUCAAAUGUGUUAAAUGCAAUGGUUCUGGACACUGUAAAUGUUCCAUCUGUCUGAAUUACAAACAACUGAGAUGGUUCAUAUCACUUACUGUCAAAUUUGUAAAUCACGUGGACGAUGACGUAAUCCAACAUUUGACAAACUUACCAAUAGAAUUCUUUCGUAGUGCAUCGGGCGAUAGAGUACUCCAGGAAGAAAGUCUGUCGCUGACGCCUCUCGCUAUAGUUAAUGACGAAAAACUGAACGAAUGCUCCAGACGACUCAUAGAAAAACACAGAAUGGCGUUUGAAGCUGAAAGAGUGUUAUUACAGGAAGUUGACUUGGCCGCAGCUCCUAUUACGAUCACUUCAAUACGGGAAAAUGUUGUUGACUUCUCCAAGCCAUUCAUGCACACUUCAAUACGAGCUCUAAUGAAAAAGCCAUCGGUUGAUUCGAAGACAACAAGCUUAUUUGGUAUCUUCACGCCGUUCACUUUCUGGGUGUGGAUUUGCAUCGUGAUAUCAUUUUUAGUAGUCGGACUUGUCAUGUUCUUUCUCAGUCGUAUGAGUCCCUACGGGUGGAGGGCGCUGUACACGCGGGGCGAAGUGUCCUGGGAUGAGGGCCAGUACUUCAAUUGUCUUAACUCUUUCUGGUUUGUAAUGAGCACAUUCACCUUACAAGGAUAUCACAACGCUCCUAGAUCAGUUGCAACACGUUUUCUUAGUGGAAUUUGGUUCUUUUUCACUCUCGUCAUACUUUUUGCGUACUUAUCUAACCUGGGGGCUUUCCUUACCGUAGAAAGAAUGGAUCAUCCCAUACAAAAUGUCGAUGAUUUGUCCCGUCAAACAACAAUUCGCUAUGGCACCAACGAGUUCGGCGCGACAGCUGUAUUCUUCCGCAAUUCGAAUGUACCAAUCUACCAACGCAUGUGGGAGUUCAUGAGUGAAGCCGUACCAAGCGUGUUUACCUACGGCAGCGAGGAGGGUAUCCAGCGAGUAAUUAAAAGUAACGGUCGAUAUGUCUAUUUCGGGGAAAGCGCGUUACUGCAGUAUGCCGCCUCUCGUGAUUGCAGCCUUUCAUUAAUGCCCGGGGCUCUGAACCUGAGAUCCUACGGUUUCGCAUUCCCCACUGGCUCGACGCUUCGCGAUGAGUUCUCUGGAGCAAUUUUAGAACUUCAAGAAAAUGGUAAUCUGCAGUUGCUUUACACAAAGUGGUUUUUUGGUCCAUGUUCGUCUGAGCAAGAGGAUCUAGAAGACGAUGAUAGGGUCAGGGUAGCUGCAUUGCCGCUGGUCAACCUGAGUGGAGCGUUUAUCAUUCUCUUGAUUGGAGUUGCUAUCAGUAUUCCGCUAGCUUUGUGUGAAUGGGUGUUUUACAACCGGUCUGACGGCAAGAGGAGGAAAUCAGACGCACCGAAGUCAGAUUCCGGUGCUCAAACUGUCAGUGGUGUAUAA